CUGUUUGUUCUUGUUGUAUUAUUGUAUUGUUGUGUUUGUUGUCGUGGUUAGGUUAAAUAAAACGUUAGAAGUUACUGUAAGUUUAUAGAACUUCGAACCAAUCGAAAUCGGCAAGUGAAGUGACAAAUUAAGUUAUUUCAAGCAAAAGGGUAGAUUAACUUACAGGGUUUUUGCAUCUGACCGACCAAAAAUUAUUGGUUUAGGCCUACUUGAUACACAUCCAUUUGAUCUUCGAAAUGUCAAAUUAUAAAAUGCAAUGGGCCCUAACUUAGGUCUCAUAUUUCAUUCCCUAGGCCUAUUUUAUAAGUUGUUGGCCUUAGAGGUACUUGUUUACCAUAAUGAAGAGAGCUUUUUUGCAGAGGUUAACAUCUCAUCCAUCUGCAGUUGAUUUCAGAUCACUAAGUUCAUCAUUAAAAUAUAACUAUAAAAGGGUUCAUCCCAUCGACAGAGAUGCAGAGUUUGACUUACCUGUGUUCCAGUAUCCACCCGGAUCUAGCAGUGAUCGAAGAGUAUAUGUCUGGGGCCUUUCCGAACAUGGUGCUUUGGGUAACAGACUUCAGUUAAAGAACACUGUGAAGUACAAAAACAAACUUCCCGAGUUUCAUCAUAAGCCUCUGCGGCUCACAUUUGCUGAACAAAAUAAGGUUACUGACAUUGCCUGUGGUUAUGGAUUUACAUUAUUUGCUGUCGAUACAAAAGAAAAAUACAAAGUAUUUGGUAGUGGUAUUAACACAGAUUCGCAAAUAGGUUACCAUGACCCCAGGAGAGAUCAUCCCCUCAACAUACUCACCAGCCCUGCACCAAUUGAGCUUCCGCUUGAUCCAACGACCAAAGUUAAAGGACUGGCAGCAGGUCGCGCCCACUCUGUUGUACUUACUGACACUCAUGGCGUCUUUACCUUUGGCAACAACGCUUACGGACAAUGUGGUCGACGGAUUGUAGAAAAUGAAAAAUACAGCGGCAGCAGAAUUGUGCAUAAUACUCCUAAUAUUGAUGGGAACAGUAUUGUUGCAGUUGUAUGCGGACAAGACCAUACGCUGAUGGUGACGGAGGGGGAGAGGGGAGGGUUGUACAGUUGUGGGUGGGGAGCUGAUGGACAGCUGGGCAGAGGAGAUUACAACUCACAGUGGCAGAUCGGCCGAGUAGGAGGCGACAUUGCUAGUGAGAGAAUUACCAAACUGGCCGGCACUGGCGACUGUGUACUGGCCCUCAACGAUAAAGGAGAAGUAUUUGGAUGGGGAAACAACGAGUACAGGCAGUUGUCAGAGACUGGUGACUUACAGCAGGUAUGUACCCCAGUGAGGCUUGAAUCAACUUGUGGAUUGGGAAAGAUUAUCGACAUAGCUGCAGGGGGAAGCUUCUGUGCUGUACUCAAUGAGGAAGGUGCUGUGUUUGUCUGGGGCUAUGGUCUGUUGGGUCUAGGACUUCAGGUAGACAUGUCACCCAGGCCACUACGAGUGCCUGAGACAUUGUUUGGUCAGAACAUGUUCAUGCCUCACUCCCGUGUGGACAGUUUGGCCAGUGGACUCUACUACUUGGCUGCCAUCACCAACCAAGGACAGCUGUACAUGUGGGGUCGAAACAAGAGCGGCUGUUUGGGCAUCGGUUCAACUAAAGACCAGUACUUUCCACUCAAGGUCAAUGUUGGAGCACAUGUCCUCAAAGUGAGUGCGGGAGUCGAUCACACAAUAGCUCUGUGUAAACCCUUCACAUAGUGAUCAACUGCAGUCAUGUUUUGUAUAUAUGUAAAUACAGUAAAACUAUUUAUUUGUUACCUA